AUGUCCGCCCCUGACGAUGGAGAACUCCCCGCCGUAUUCGAGCCCACCUCAGUCGGCUACGAUACUCACUCCGACCGUGACACUGACAGGAUAAAAUCACCGCGUCAUGGCUUAAAGAGGAUCUCUGCAGCAUGCCAGAGAUGUCGUCGGCGGAAACAGAAAUGUGACGGCAGACACCCGGUUUGCGGGUCUUGUGCGACCGCAAAUGUCCCUUGUGUACCCUCAGAUAGACUCGUUGUCAAAGUUGACAGGGAGUGCGAGUGUGACCAUCUCAGAGGCCAGGUAGAGCGUCUCAAGGAUCGAGUCAACGAGCUGCAGACCCGACUGGCGAUGCAAUCCAGAUUGCCGUCGGAAGCGCUCUCCCAGGACAGUCAUCUGCAGAUCAGGCCUGCGGAGGCACGUCUCAGUGAUCGACAAGAACCCGAUGGCUCGGUAGCAAGCUUGGAGAGAGGCUAUACUGGGCGCAUGCUUCUCCCGACGUUCCGAGGGUUGGGUACUAAUGGCCCUGAGGCUGGUUUCAAGAGCGGUCCUUGGCAGCUGUGGAAUGGCUUGUCUGCUAGUGACACACCUCCAACGGUCACGUCAAGCACAUUUUCGCUUCACCAGGAUGGAUUGGGCUUGAUAGAUGUAUUCUUCGAUCGAAGAUGGCCGCAAUAUCCGGUUCUGCAUCGCCCAACCUUCAUGGAGCAGCACUUUAUACCCUACUGCAAUGGCCAAAUCAACAACAGAUUGUCUGCUUUCGAAGUACACAUGGUGCUCGCAAUCGGGGCAUCAGAGAAAGCGCGCAUAAGCUCGGAUGCACCAAUCUCUCACGAAUAUUUCUUCGAGGCCGCAGUACGCGAUCUCGACAGCGUGCUUGCGGCAGACGACCUUGACUGCAUACGUUGUCUUUCCUUGCUUUGUCUGUUUGGCAGCAACGAACCACAGUCUGUAAACCUGUGGUACACCGUUGGCAUGGCGUUGCGGCUUGCAGUAGGCAUUGAUAUGCACAGAGAAGAGAGUCUAGCACAAAAGACCCUCUUGGAUGCGGAGAUGAGAAAACGAUUAUUCUGGAGUUUGUACACGAUGGAUCGUAGUGUCUCUAUGUCUCUCGGCCGACCAUUGGGUAUCCAAGAUGCUGAUAUCACAAUUCCACUCCCGCUGGUGCUCACCGAUGGGCAAAUCGCAGGGCCAUCCGAACAACCCAUUGCGAAUCUCCUCCCAGACGUCAGAGACAUGUCUGCAUUCCGCCACAUCGUCGAACUCAGACAGAUCAAUGCUGGCAUUUAUUCAGCGCUGCACUCAGCCGGAGGUGCCAAUCUCGAGAGUGCAAACCUCGACGCCAUACGCCAGCAGCACUACACCCGCCUCAACGCGUGGCUUCUUUCAGCCCCGAGAUAUCUUGCGCCACUGUCCAUGUACCAGACACCGGAGUGGUUCCAAAUUGCGUACCACCAGGCCGUUAUCAACCUACACCGGCCAUCCCAUGCGUCGCCGGUGAGCAGUGCCGACGCUAUUCGCUUGUGCGCCGACUCAUCCAUCAGCCUCAUCAGCUGCUACAACGCCUUGUACGCCAAGAACAAGAUAAUAUACACCUUUGUGGCGUUAGACUCGUUGUUCAUGGCUGCUGUCACAAUGCUCUACUCCAUUCGGGCAAGCUCGAUAGUCCGCCUCGAACUAACAAGAGAAGUCGUCGAGUCUAAUAUUGAAACGUGCGUCAGGCUGUUGUCCAAGAUAUCACACGGCAAGACUGUGGGCGAACGAAGUACCCAGAUCAUCCGCAGGUUGGGUAAUGCGACGCUGUCUAUUUUUGACAACAGUUCAUUUGCCGAGGGUGAAAUUGAUACCGAGUUUAUGUCUUGGUUUGGAGUCAAAAGUCAGAAUCCUCCGCCUAGACAGGAGUAUCCUACGCCAAGCAUCGACACAGCCUGGAAUGAUCUAUUUGAGCAAGGAUACGACCUUAAUAGUUUUCAGAACGUGCACCUUCUUUUAUAG